AGCAGAAUAUAAAUUAUAGCAACCGGUUUCAGUGCUUUCUUAUUUUUUUGCUCCUCUGCACAAUAUUGCACACGUUACUGACGUUAAACACUGAGUAAGAAUUAAAACAAUUUAUUGAAAUUCAGUCUGUUAAUUUUUGUCAUCAAACAGUAUAUGAGCAAAGCAAUGACUUUGGUUUUUUUGUUUUUUUUAUUUUUAUUGGUUGUGUAUGAGUGUGAAAGUGAAAUAGUAUUAGUAUGAUACUGAGCCUGGAAGCAGUCUUUACUGCCUUUACUUUAGAAUUUUGAACUGAAUAGGUAUCUCUCUACUAACUCUGCUAGGCGCCUAUUCAAGCUAGAUAUUUUGUUUAUUGAAUUGCAAACAUCAAAAGAUUUAAUUCUUUUAUAUUAAUUGAUUUGAUAAUGAAUGUUAAAUAACUGCAGGUCAGUUUGCAUUAUCAUCUAUAUGAAUCAUGCAUGGUUAACAAUUCAAUAACACUUCAAGUUAAUCUUAGACUUAGAGGGGUUUUUUUUUAGCUCAAGAUCCAAAGUCAAGUAUGACAAAAAAAUGGUUCAAAGUUACACAAUUUUUAGUCAGACUGGACCUCACUUAAGCUAAAGACCCACUAAAGUUAAAGUAAAAGUCAGUGCACCUUUUCAGAUUUUUCUCUGUAACAAUUAUGGGAUGGAGUAUUCCUUCACACUUUGUAACAAAUUUUUAGUCUUUAGUUCCACCUGAGGCUAGGCCUUAUAUAUUUGUUAAAUUUUAAAGAUACAAACCUUCAAUACCAUGUGAUGCUGCAUUAAAUUAAUUACUAAGCAAGUAAAAAGCAAGCAAUAAGAUUGUAUUUUGUAUAAUUUAAUUAAAAAAAAAUUUUUAAGGACUAAUACUGAUUCUUACCAGGCACAAACACAGUUUUACUCCUUUUUGUUCCCUCUUACUAAACUAAGUAAAUAACGACAUCUCCAGAAUGCAAUCUUUUUUUUUACAACUAUAUUUAAUCUAGAAUAUAUGACCCGAUGUUAUCGGGAUAAUAAUGGUAGGUCCUGUGUGAUAAUUUCAAUCUGCUAUUGCAAAAACUCAUCACAAUUUCUAACUUUAAAAAGAAGUAGGACCCUAUCUAUGUAAUUAUAUUUAAGUUUCUAAAAUCAUUAAGUUUUGAGAAGAAUUUAUCUACUAUAUAUUAUCCGCCUACCCUACUCUCUUUCACGCCCCUAAACUACUUUUUUUUCUCCCUCUAAACAUGACCUUAAAUUACCAGACCUGUUUACUCUUACGAUUUUGGCGUACAAUGUACGAUUUUGAGGUGUAUACACUGAUACUUUUGUUUAUUUUUUACUAUUAAGAUAAUGUAUUUAACGAUUUUGUGAUGAUAUUGUACGAUUUUGAGAGUUUGGGGGUAAACAGGUCUGAAUUACUCAAUCUCAAUUAUCAUUAAUUAUAUAACUUUUGUCACUAAAGAAGUUAAUCGAGGGACGAUUUCUACGCUAGAGAAAUACUUUGACUUUAGAUUUACCCCUUUUCGUGCCCUUGAACUACAACUUGUUUUUCUCCAAAAAUUGUGAAAACAUAAUCUUAAAUUUACAAAAAACUCUAUAUGUAAUAUAAAUUUAUUUUAUAUUAAAGGAAUUUAAAAAUUGAUAUCUUCAUCAAAAAUUUUUUUAAACUUUCGUCUUGUUUUUUUAAAUUAUAUAUUGUCAAAAAAUUGUAAAACAAAGAAUUCUUUUAUCUAAAGAAGAAUCUCGCAACCAUUUUUCAGGUCAAUAACAGACUUGAAUGUUAUUUUUUUUAAAAUUGUUAAUCUCAUAAAAAUACACACCCACUUUACUUUUUGCAAAGUAAAAACAAAAAUAUAGAUUCAUUUUUUUUAAAGAAAAUAUUAACCCAUCUAUUUUUUUUAAAUAUUAAAUUUACAAGUGUUUAAAAUGAUUGGGUUUUGAUUUUCAUGGGUAUACCUAUAUAAAUGAAUCCACGUUUUGUUAACGCCAUUGAUUUUCUUAAUUGGUAAACAUAUAUUUAUUUGUAAAAUGUAACAUCUCUUUUUUUCACAAAUGUAAUACCACAGGAUUUAAAUAUAUUGUCAUCCUUGUAAAAAUGUACACAUGCUAUUUCUUACCUCUGAUAUGUAUGUACCCAAGAAAGUUAAUUAUGUAUCAAAUUCAUUCCUAUACAUAUCUUGUGCUGCCAGGUCCAAAACGACCUAACCCCCCCUCCCCAUUUAAUAAAAAUUAAUAAAAUCUUCCACCAGAUGUAGUCCCUUCCAUACCCAAACUAACAUAUUUUGCACUUCAUAUGGUUUGGUCUUAUUUGGAUUUUCUCUUCUUAUAUUUGAGGGGCUCACGAUCAAUUUGUUGAUCAUUCUGGCUCCUGGUUUAAAUUCAGAGUUUGCCUUCUCUUAGAUGGGUUGCCGUCUCAUUCUUAUUUAUAUAUAUCUUGAUCAACAAGCCUUUAAAAAAAAAUUAUUUUUGUAUAUAAAAUUGUUCCUUCUAUUUAAAAUAUAUUUUAUAAAAAUUUAUUGCUUUUGUUUUUCUUAUAUAACAGAAAAUCUGACAAAAUGGACAGUGAGCAUCAGCCACUGGCAUCGUCUUCCACAACUGAACUUUAUACUCAGGAUGCCCCUCCUUCGAAUGAUCCGGCUUUUAGUCAUGAAUCAUUGGAUGUAACUGGCAAAAGUAACGCACCGACAACUCCUUGGUAUAUUCUUCCAAAACGAUACGUCAUUGCUGCUAUGGCUUUUCUUGGGUUCGGUGAGCUUAGGAUGUCGCAGCUUUAUAUUGUGAUGAAAUCAGUGUUGUUCAUGCUUCUUGAUUGUCAGUGGUCACACAUUUCUUUGGUCAUCCCCAUUUUUGAUUAUGCUGCCCACAGGUAAUGUUUUUAGUUAUUGUUUUUAUUAUCUACUUUUUUUUUCCUUAAAUGGUUUUGUUAAAAACAAAAUCUGCAUUCUUUUUUUAAAUGAAUAGCAUAUUAAAUCUUGGCACUUUUUAAAUUGUGAAACAAGCUAACAAUAUAGCCAUAAUAAAUUAACAUUUUUAACUGACAACUUAAGGGAAAGGCAAGUCUGAUUUGGUUAAAGAAAUAUUUAAAUUAUUUGGAUUCUCCAGUGCAUAAAUAUUUAUGUUUUAAAGUAAAUCAAACAGUUGUUGGAAAGGAGGGAGUAGUAUUAAAGAUGUAUUUGCAGUGAAAGAAUUACUGUAAAAUUGAGAUGAUAAAUUUAAAACAUUCCUUGAACCCUUUAUUGAUUGCGACUAUAUCAGACAAGCUUAUUAGCCAACAGAAAAAAACAGUGUAAUAAUUUCUUUAUAUCAAACAUGAUUUUAACUAUGCAUAUUAUUUUUUUCAUAUUUAUAUUUAUUACUGUGCUUGCAUUAUUUCCAUUAAGUUAAAUUCUUUUUAAAAAAAAGUUUAUCAUCAAAUCUGUUAAAGGCCAUUUAAUUGAGCACUAAAUCAUAUAAUUUAAAUUAAACAUGUAAUUUCUUAUAUAUUUUCCUAGCUCAUGAUGAAAAAAAAAGCUCUAAAUGAAGAAAUAGAUUUAUUCUUUUUAGUUUGUGAUAAAAAAAACAAAGGUUUUGCAAAAUAUAAUUUUAAGCAUUGAUAUGUAGAUUUAUAAUGAAUAGCUUUUUUAAAAUAAAAUUCCUAUUACCCUUAUUAUAUAAGGCUAGUAUCUUUGCUGUUUUUUAAUUUUAAUUUUUUAUUUGCUUUUCAUAUAUCUCCUCUGAAGAUGUCAUUUGAUAAUGUAAAUUAGUAAAAUUAAAAUGUAAAAUUCGCUUAAAUUCCAGUCCCGAGUCAAGACAGUAAUGUUAUUCUUUAGAAAAUAAAACCCACAUGUGUACAUACACAAAUGUCUCAUCUUUUAAAAGGAAAUGAGUGAAUACUCUGCAAUUAAGCACAAGUAAUCUCAGAUGGUCUUACUCUUCACUGUUUUAUCGUGAGAGUUAAUGCUGCAAAUCAUUAGGCUCUUAUGCCAGCAAAUCUCAUCUUCAUUGUUUUACAACGGUAGAUUCUUGGGAGAUAGAGGACUGCACCAAUAGCCAUGCCUCUCAUGCUGCUAAAUAAGCAUGGGACUGAUGUCUUGCAGUAGCAUAUCCAUUUAGCUCAGGGAAGUACAAGUUUCAACAUCUCCUUUAAAUUUGAUGAAAUAACCAGAGCUCCAAGGUCUAAAAUAACAUUCUUACUUCAGAUUCCAUAACUCCAGCUCUGACUCAUGAGAAAUUUUUUGCAACUUUUUUCCUGAGCAAAAGUGUCAUCAGCUGAUCAGACCCCAUUAAUAUAUGUAAGAUCCUACACAAAUCACGUGCUGACUUGAUACAGGGGCAUCUUUCUGCAGUCCAGACAAGACUUGUUUUAAAUAGACUGAAUUAAACCCUAUUAUUUAUUUUAUUAAAUAUUGCUUUAAAUGUUAGGGAAAUUAAAAAUCAGCAUGCAAUGAAAACUUUACUUUUAUUCAGAAGAAAAAAUCAAAGAAUGAAGAUGUAGAGAAGAUAUUCCAAUUUUAUAAUGUUUUAUUCCACCACCAGCAAACCUGUAUGCUUUGAGGGUGAACCUAAGUGUGGCUCUUGUUGCUAUGACCACAAAUAAAAGUGAGAUUAUCAAUGGGACAGCACAUUCGGUAAGUUUAAAUACUUUCAAUUUCUAAGUUAUUAUUGUCAUUAAAGGAGUUCACUGAUUGCUGAUUCCUACGCUAGAGAAAUAUUUCAGAUGUCUUGUGUUGAAAAUGUUUUAAUUAUGAAAUGUUGUGUUGGUUAAAAUAUAUAUUUAUUUAUGUGCUGAAAAUGAAUAUGUACAUGGUAAUCAAUAAAUAUUUCCAUUUAUUUAAAUCAAUAAAAGAAUUUUAUCUUUUAAGACAUUGAUUUUUUUAAAUUUCAUUUUUACUUUGAUUGUAAUUUUUGUCUAUUCUCAAUUGUUCAGUACCGGUAACAUGAAAGAUGUACAUGACAAAUUUUCUUCUUCACCGUUUUCUCAAUAAAAAAACCCAUAAAAACAGCUACUCACUUAAUGACAUAUUUUCCAAUAUUUUUUUAAUGCCCAUCAUCCCAACAGAGAGUGCUUAAAAAAAUGAUAUUUAAGUGUUAAUAAUAAUUGAGCCAUGUGCUAGGUUACUAAAAUCAAAUUUAGCACACAAUAAAAAGUUGAGACAUUUCUUUCAAUUCAGAAAAUUAAUGUCUUGUUUCUUAUACUUAUAGUUGGAAAAUUCUCGUAUGCUUAUAGUUGUACCAUUUCUUAGACUUGCGAAAGAACAAUUUCUAAUACUUGCAGUAGAGCAAUUUAUUAUACUUUUAGUGGAACAAACAAGUUUGCUUACUUUCUGUUUUCAAUCAUGGUGGAAAAGUAAACUUACCACAUCACUGUUUGUGUUAAUACUAGGUGUUUAUUUUGUUAAUUCAUUUGUUAGUUUAGGCAAGAUAACUACAUUUUAAUACUGAGACUUAAAAGGGAAAAAAAAAAAUGUCCUUUGUUAGUUUUAAGGUUAUUUGUUUAUUUAAAAUGUUACAAUUCUUAACUCUGUAGGAUUUUCAAAUUGAACACAUCUAUGCAUUUAUUACAUAUUUAUAAAAAAAUUAUUGAGUCUUUGAAAAAAUUUUAAUCUCCAGAUUUCUGGGCCAGACUUCAACUGGAAUGCACAGAUGCGAGGACAGAUCUUAGCCAGUUUUUUCUAUGGCUACAUUUUCACUCAACUGCCUGGUGGUAUGUAGUGAACUAAAAAUCACCAUUGUUAAGGUUUUAUUUUUAAAAGAGUAAAACAUUUUCCAUUAGCACAGUAUACCCAUAAUAUGAUCUCACUGGGGGCUGGGAAAAUUGGAUUUAUCUGGUUUGAAGAUGAGCAUCAAGAUUUUAUUGGUUAUGAUAUUUCACAUUACUAUGACAAGCAAUUGUUUAAAGAUAAUUACAGUAUUUUAUCAUUUUGUCUCAUAACAUAGUAAUUUUGUUUAAUUACUUUCACUUUAGUUAGUCUUUUUAUUUUUUAUAUCUUUAAAAAAACUCUCCAAAGGGUUCCUGUCAAAUCGCUAUGGAGGCAAAUAUUUGUUUGGUGUUGGAAUAUUCAUGACAGCUCUGCUAACACUGAUCACACCAUUGCUGGCUUCAUGGAGUCCCUACCUUCUGAUUGGCUGUCGAGUUAUUGAAGGUCUCUUUGAGGUAGUUUUACUCAUUUGAAUAUCUUGGUGUCCUCCCUUCUACUUAGUGGUCUCCCCUCCAACACAUUAUGUUGAUGUUCUCCCCUCCCUAAAGCAUUAUAUUUAUCUAUUUAAUUUCUAUUCCUGUUUUGUACUUUUCUGUUUGCUAAAUUACAACAGAGUUGAAAUGUAAUGGGUUUGCUAUACACUAUACACAAUGCUCCUCUUCUUCUCAUUUCUGCUGAUCAUGUCAAUCACAAUGGAAUUAAAAUGUAAAUGGCUUGCUACUUGUUAUAGCAGUGCUCCUCUGUCACAAAUGACUGGGGUGGGGUUUAACAAUGGCGCUACAUUGUUUCUUCAGGUAAUUUAUAGGGUGGACGGGCAUUGUUAUGAUUUUAUUAUGUGUUCUUUUGAUAAUGGUGUUAGUGAGCCAUAAUAGUUUUUUGUUGGGAAAUUCCCCAUACAUGGCACCACAUUUAUUAAAUGAUGAAUGAGCUCACAGGCAAUUUCUGGUGAGAAGAGAGAUGGUUUGUUUUUAAGCGUUGGAGACUAAUGGAUGGUGAUUCCUAAGUGACAGAUGUAGUGUGAAUAACUGCAAUCAAAGAUAGACUUUGGGAUAGGCAAGUAGCGAGGUGUUAACAGUUAAAUAGUCUAAAAAGUCAUAACGUUAGACAUUUUUUAUCUUGGAAAUAAACAUUAUUUUCAUCAUCUGGACACCUGGAAUUUGAGUUGUUUAGUUUUCAUUCAAGUCUACGUUGUGCUUUGUCUGUCCCAACACCUAGAUACUCAUAACAUAAUUCACAGACAGGAGCGGUCCUGUACUGACCACUUACUUAAUCAAAACAGUUUGUGAUAAGUCAGGAUCCUAGCCUUCCCCCGUAACAACCGUUCUGCGACAUCUGGGGGCUCGUACCGGGGUCUAGGCAACAGGAGAUGGACAAAGCUGACGUAACAGAGCUAGAGGCCAGACGUCGCUUUGUUCAAUAGAAGGUGUCACAGGAAAGAUAACGUCAGUGGAGUGCAGACAGGCAGAAUAUAGAAGACCAGCAAUGUACCGCAACGCCAGGCAUUGUGACCCACCCACUUGCUAUAGAUGUCAUCAUGCAGGUCACAUUGUUUUUUGCUGCACCAACCCACGGCGUUGCUACAGAUGCUACUCAACUGGUCAUCUGGCUUGAGAUUGCUGUAAUGAGGGCCAGUGUUUUUGUUGCUAUGAAAGUGGACACCUGGCCAAAGAAUGUAAGCGGCCACGGCUCUGUUUUAGCUGUCUAUGCCCAGGCCACUAUGCCGUGAGGAGACUAUUUCAGGGGCAGUGCUACAUGUGUCACUAACAGGGGCGUAUCAUGAGAAAUUGUCCAGUCGUCCGUGACAUGGCGGAAGAUAGAAAUUCUAGUUGCAGAGAGGUGAAAACGGCAGCGAUUUGUUUCAGAUUAGGAUAGGAAAAGAAGUGUGUAGAAAAGAAAGAGGAAUCGUUAGUAAAGGAGAACAAUAGGACAGGUGUGAUUAAGAGCAGAGAAGAGAAAACAAAUGAUAAUGAAGAUGAAAUUAUUAUAGGAGGAAUUUUGAUUGGCGUUAGAGUGAAGAAAAGCGUCUAUGGGUUAGUUGGAGAUCAAAAGUUCAAAGUGUUCAGACAUCAUCUGUGUAGUGACAUAGUAGUCAUAUAAGACUUAUAGAUGAUAGCAAGUUUACUGGAGAGAAGGGUACGGCCUUGUUGACUGAAGAGAAGUGUACGGCAGUGUUGAUAAAUGAUGCAAGGCUCAGAGGAGAGAAGACGUUUGUGUCAAUCAGCACCCCAUAUGUUUCAGGAAAUGUUCAAGUUGUGUGCAUUCCUGACAUUCUCUAUGAUGUCAUAGUGGGACAAGUUGUUUAGGACGCAUAGUAUUACGAUGUGAGUGAUGACAAUUAUUUAGAGCUGACAUCGACAGGGAUAAAGUUUAGUUUAGUAUGAGGAUAAUUACCAUAUUGUCACCAAGGAGGCUUUCUCAUAGAGACCUUAGGCAUAUUUUUAAAGACUAUAGUAACUUUAAUUAAUUUUGUGGUCUUAUCUCUAUUUGCCUUUUAAAUUUUACAUGUGGAUUGUUUUUUUAAACUUGUGUAAUUUUAGUUGUGUUAGUUAUGUCAUAAUAACAGAGAUGUUGUUAUGGACAUUACCGGUAAUUGUCUAUGUCAGACCGUGCAGAGCAUAUUGUAGGAGAUGUAGAUGUUGUGUAGAGUCUCAAAGAAAAUGUGUUAUUUUGUGUUGGUGGGUUUGAUAAUUUGAUUGUAUUCGUUGUAUGGCUGUAGAUAUGUGUGAGACAGAACUAGAUGGAUAGUUAGUCUACGCUGGACAGGUGUGAGAUAGCAUUAAAUGAAUAGUAUCCUACACUACAUAAUGUGUAGAAUAGCAUGGAAAGGAUGGUUAUAACCUGCACUGGGUAUUAUGUAUGAAGUUAUCAGCUAUAGUUGGAGGUUGGUCAUUUGUGGAGUUUUUUAAAUUUGUCAAUGUAUUGAAAAAAAUUUUUGAAGGUGGAGCAUAUGACACAAAUUAUCACUGGGAACACUGGGGCUACAGGAAGACAGUGUUAACAAAGUCAGGCAUGCUCCUCGACCAACUACGAUAAAGGAGCGUUUCUUCCUUGGUCUCACUGGGUAAAACAAGGACUUCAUACCAAACUAUGCGACCCUUACUUCUCCAUUGACGGCUCUAACUAAAAAGGGACAACCAGACUUAAUUAAAAUGGGGAGAAGACCAGGAAAAAGCAUAUGACGCCAUGAAAUGAGGAAUCAGGAGAGACCAGGUAUACUACAAUCUCUUACGCCAUGAAAGGAGGAAUCAGGAGAGACCAGGUAUACUACAAUCGAGAAAGAGUGUAUGGCAAUAGUGUGGGCCAUAAAAAAAUUCGAACUAUAUCAUUUACGGAAAGCAGUUACAAACUGACCAUCAGCCAUUGCAGUGCAUUAGCACAUCUCGAUUUGUGAGCGCCAGGAUCAUGAGAUGGGCUAUGUUUCUACAGAGCUACAGUUUUUGUCUGCAGUCCAUUGCUGGGGCAAAUUAUGUAGAGGCAGACUUUCUAAGUAGACUUGGCUGUUAAACUACUCUGUUUUCUGAGAUUUAAAUUAUGGCGAGAGUCGAAUUGAAACUAUAUUUUUAAUUAUUUCUCUAUAGUUAAUGUGUAUGAAUGAAACAUGGAUUUAUUAAUCUAAGAUGAAGUAGAUGUUCACGAAGAUACUGUAGUCUCAAAGAUUGUAUUGUGUAUGCUAUUUUAUGGUCACAUUAUUUUGUUUUAUUAUUGAUUGUCAUGUUUAUAACUGUGGGAACCAGGUUGGGCUGUAUCAUGUGUUUGGUCACCAUCUUGUUCCAUCUGUAACUGCGCUUGUCGGUUGUGUCCCUGUAGCGGAGGUAAAAAAAAAAAAUUAGGUUAAGGAGGUGAGCUUGGUGUAUUUGUAAACAUGACCAAGCCAUCUCUUGUUGCUGGGUGAUCUCCAUUCAGACUCAACAUCCCAAAUGCCUGUGUUCCCUUGAUGAUGCCUCCAUUCUAUUGUUGUUUUUUAUCACUUUCACCACUUAUUGUGACCAUAGCUCGUUAGGUCAUUCACUCAGUCAACUCUUUCAGUGGUCUGUUGUUCACAGUGAUUGUUUCAACCUCUCAAUGAUUUAAAUCUCAUGACUAGGCAUUUUUCUGGCAUUGUGUGUAUAAAAUUAUUUUUUUUAAUCUAUUUGAUUUAUAAAAUAUUAUUAUCUGACAAAGCUUCUUUUUUUCCUCACAAACCAUCAGGGAGUGACCUACCCAUCCAUCCAUGCCAUCUGGUCAAAAUGGGCCCCACCAUCUGAAAGGACAAAGCUGGCCACAUUUGGCUUUUCAGGUAGAAGCUUCAGAUAUUUAAAUCUCUUGGGACGUAGGGUGGGCUUUUCAACACAAUUUAUUUUAAAAUGAUUUUUUAAAUGUGUGGGUUGAUUUGACCAAAAUAAGUUAAAAGUAAAACAAUAAAGUACACAUAAAAGCCAACUCAUUACUCUACACAAUUACAUUUCAUAAAAGUCAGCUCAUUACUUUACACAAUUACAUUUCAUAAAAGCCAGCUCAAUACUCUACACAAUUACAUUUCAUAAAAGUCAGCUCAUUACUUUACACAAUUACAUUUCAUAAAAGUCAGCUCAUUACUUUACACAAUUACAUUUCAUAAAAGCCAGCUCAUUACUCUACACAAUUACAUUUCAUAAAAGCCAGCUCAUUACUCUACACAAUUACAUUUCAUAAAAGUCAGCUCAUUACUUUACACAAUUACAUUUCAUAAAAGCCAGCACAUUACUUUACACAAUUACAUUUCAUAAAAGCCAGCUCAUUACUCUACACAAUUACAUUUCAUAAAAGUCAGCUCAUUACUUUACACAAUUACAUUUCAUAAAAGCCAGCUCAUUACUUUACACAAUUACAUUUCAUAAAAGUCAGCUCAUUACUUUACACAAUUACAUUUCAUAAAAGCCAGCUCAUUACUCUACACAAUUACAUUUCAUAAAAGCCAGCUCAUUACUCUACACAAUUACAUUUCAUAAAAGUCAGCUCAUUACUUUACACAAUUACAUUUCAUAAAAGCCAGCACAUUACUUUACACAAUUACAUUUCAUAAAAGCCAGCUCAUUACUCUACACAAUUACAUUUCAUAAAAGUCAGCUCAUUACUUUACACAAUUACAUUUCAUAAAAGCCAGCUCAUUACUUUACACAAUUACAUUUCAUAAAAGUCAGCUCAUUACUUUACACAAUUACAUUUCAUAAAAGCCAGCACAUUACUUUACACAAUUACAUUUCAUAAAAGCCAGCUCAUUACUCUACACAAUUACAUUUCAUAAAAGUCAGCUCAUUACUUUACACAAUUACAUUUCAUAAAAGCCAGCUCAUUGCUUUACACAAUUACAUUUCAUAAAAGCCAGCACAUUACUUUACACAAUUACAUUUCAUAAAAGCCAGCUCAUUACUUUACACAAUUACAUUUCAUAAAAGCCAGCUCAUUACUUUACACAAUUACAUUUCAUUAACGCUAGCUCAUUUCUCUACACAAUUUGUUCUUUUGUUUUCAUUGAAACCAAGAAUGCAAUGAAAAUUGGUUUUUUAAUCAAUAAUUUUUUCAUAAGCUUGCCACGCAUGCUUGUUGGAGCAUGGAGGUGUUAUUUCAUUAAUUAUUGGUGGAAAUUUCCCUUGUAAAAGUAUUUUAAUUUUGCACUGUUAUGGUAAUGGCCAUGACCCAUUUUUAUUAUUUUUUAAUUUGUCGUAAAUGAUUAAAAUUUAUAGGCAAACACAUAAAUACUAUUUACAAAUGCAUGUUGAACAAUUAUUGGGAAAUUAAUGGGAUGUUAUUCACUUUUUAGGAUCCUAUUUUGGCACAGUGCUUGCCCUUGUCAUCUCUGGUGCUCUAGCUGAAAGCUCAGCUGAUUGGCAGUCCAUAUUUUACAUAUUUGGUGAGUUGAUUUCUCUAGUAUUUCUUUGUAUUCUUCGCUUGUCUGCCUUCUUAUCCCUUGCCUGCUAAUAAAUUUAAAUUCUCAUGACAUUGAGCAAGGCCAAAAGUCCAACCAUUAAUAAAACGAAUCGUUCAGAUAUUGACAUGUUUUUUAGACAUGCCUUAAUAUAAUCCAUACCCUUUCCCUCUGCAGGCUCCCUGGCCAUCAUCUGGUUCCUGUUAUGGGUCAUUCUUGUCACAGAGAGUCCUGCUGGACACCCUGGAAUAACCAAUGCUGAAUUGGACUACAUCCAGACUUCCAUUGGUUUCACUGAGGAGCAAACAAAGGUAGAAAAUUGGGUCAACCAAUCCAUUUUUCAUCCAACAUUUUGGUAAUUCUCUUAUGAGACUGCCAAUGUUUGAGAAAUUAAGUGACAUUUCUGGUUCUGUUCACAGCGUGUGCAUUAUGAGACUGCCAUGUGUAAGGAACUGACUGACAUUUCUGGUUCUGUUCACAGCGUGUACAUCCUCCCUGGCUGCAGAUCAUUAAAUCUGGGCCCGUGUGGGCCAUUGCUGUGGCUCAUUUUGUGGAGAACUGGGGCUUCUACACUUGGCUCACCGAACUGCCCACCUUCAUGACACAUGUGCUCAAGUUUCAAAUUGAAGAGGUGAGACUUGUAUCAGUGAACAAGUGACACUGUCAGGCCUAUAGACAAUAGUGAACAGGUGAUAUUGACUGGUCUGUAGUCAAUAAUGAGCAAGUGAUACUGUCAGGCCUGCACAACAUAUGGCCUGCGGGCCCGCCAGCACUCACUGCGAACUAACGAAAUAUUUUUUAUCUGUAUUAUUUUCUUAAUAGCUUUUCCCUUGUCUUUUGGCCCACACAAGUCCUAUCCUAUAUUCCUGUUGCCCCAAUGAGUUUUUCAUAAAGUAUAACGGCCCGCUUUACAUUUUGAGUUGUGCAGGCCUGCUGUAGACAAUAGGGAGCAAGUGAUGCUGUUAGGCCUGUAGACAAUGGUAAGCAAGUGAUACCAUCAGGCCUACAGACAAUAUUCACACCAAUUUGAAUUUAUUUUUUUUUUCCUUGUUGUUGCUGAUUUAUAUUUUUUGCCUGUCAGGAGAGCACUAAUAGAAAAGUAAGACUCUAAACUACUGUGGCUGUUCAUUUCACUACUACUACCUGUUUGGAAAUAAAGUUCUUGGAGAAGAUUGAAAUAUGAAUAAAGCUAAUAAAUGAAAUACAUUAUUAAUUCUAGAUUUAUGUCUUUUCUAAAUAGAUGCUUCUUAUUCAUUAAAUUCUGUGAUAUUACAUGAGCCCGCAGAACACAUUUUUUGGUUCAUACAUUUGUAUAAUUAUUUGAUGUUGUGUUGUUGUUUUUAUAGUUUAAAUUGGACCAUAAAAGAUCAUCUUAAAUUUUGAAUACAGGUGCCUUCAGUUAAGCAUAGCAACACAAUAUGUUGAAACAGUAAAGUGUACCGCAAGCCAACAUUUUGAAAAGCACUGGUUUAUGUCUGGUGCUGUCUUCUGUUUUCAACAGGGAGGUUUCCUGUCUGCUCUGCCUUACCUUGUGAUGGGCAUUGUCGUUUUCAUGGGAGGGUAUUUUGCAGACGUGCUUCGCUCUUCCUUUAACGUGCCGACCGUUGCUGUGCGCAAAAUUUUUACUUGUGGAGGUGAGAUGUUGGUAUUGUGUACCUGUGGAGGUGAGAUGUUGGUAUUGUGUACCUGUGGAGGUGAGAUGUUGGUAUUGUGUACCUGUGGAGGUGAGAUGUUGGUAUUGUGUACCUGUGGAGGUGAGAUGUUGGUAUUGUGUACCUGUGGAAGUGAGAUGUUGGUAUUGUGUACCUGUGGAUAUGAGAUGUUAAUAUUGUUUUCCUGUAGAGGUGAGACAUUAAUAUUUUGUACCUGUAGAGGUGAGGUGGUCUUUGGCUGUACCUGUGUAGGUGAUUUGUCAAAGUCUUGUAUUUGUUUACUUGAGAUAUUGUUAUAAAACACUUGUAAUUAAAUUGGGGGAACCUGUAUAAAACUUAACAAGCAAGGAAUGAAAUCAUCCCCUACAAACAUGUUCUUCUCAAUUUAUGUUGGGCUCAAACGUAAUGGAACAAAACUGUUUCAAGUAAUGUAUUGUAAUAUUCUGUACAUGUUAUAUUAUGUACAUGUUUUAUUCUGUACUUAUUAUAUACCCUACAUUCUAAUUUAAGUAAAUAUACUGAAAUUAAACAUGACUGAAUGAGGUAUUUUUAUUUUUUUUUGUUUAGCAUUUUUUAUCCAAGCCAUAUUCAUGGUCGCCGCUGGCUACCUGAUGUCCCGUGUGGCUGCUGUCGCCUGCCUGACAGUUGCUGUUGGUGUGGGGGGCUUUGCCUGGGCCGGCUUCAGUGUCAACCACCUGGACAUCGCCCCGCAGUUUGCCAGCAUCCUGAUGGGCCUGUCUAACACCUUUGCCACACUGCCUGGCAUAGUUAGCCCCAGUCUGACCAGUGUCAUCGUCACUGAUCAGGUGAGCCAGUCAGACCAUUCUUACUGUGUUCAACCGUUGUCUCUGUGUCUGUCCAUGUAAGGAAACACAUUAUGGCAUUGAUUAAUACUAUAAAUUAAGAAUAAUUAUAAAAGCUUCUCUUACUAAUGACUAGUGAAACUAAUUCAGAGAAUUUUUACCCAUAAUUUACAGUUUCUCUAACUAAUGACUAGUGAAACUAAUUCAGAAAAUGUUUACCCAUAAAUUACGGUUUCUCUUACAAAUGACUAGUGAAACUAAUUCAGAGACUGUUUACCCACAAGUAACAGCUUGUUGCAACCAUUAUUUAAAACAGUUAUUGCAUGUGCUUGAAAGUAGACAGCCUGUUAAUUUUUGUAUAUUGAAGCUAGACCAAUCAUGUAUAGCAGUGAUGUUCUUGUUAUGACAUAGAUGGUAGUCAAGCAGACUUAAAAAUAUUGCAGCUUCUACAUUGUAAUUAUUGUUCCAUAAAGUAAAGUUUUCAAAUUUUUAGAACCAUCUGGCUUUAACUGAUACAGUUUUGUUUUCUGUGUGUUUUCCAGUCAUCAGCGGGAGACUGGCAAGUUGUCUUCUACUUGACAUCCUGUAUGUACGGCAUUGGAGCUCUUGUAUAUGCAAUACUAGCCGCAGGUGAAACCCAGCCCUGGGCGCAGAUUCCUGCAAGUUAUCAGUCCUACCUGGAUGACCCGGAGGGAGACUGAAGGGCUUGUCAAUCAUCAACUGCUGCUAACUCUUUGUUACCCAUGCUAAAAAAUCUUUUUAAUUUUAAUUGUUUAUCGACUACCAGUUGUUAUGGGCUGGUAGUUGGCAAUAUAUAUUCCUUGUAGUUUAACUGUUGCAUGAAAUGUCUUAGUCUACAAACAAAUUAUUUUUUUCACAAACUUAUUUAUUUAUCAUGACUUUAUAUAUUACAUUUUCUUUGCUAAAAUUUACACGUUGAUUAAUUCAUUUUUAAGAUAUAUAGCAGGGCCAUUCAUAAAUGGCCUUAGCAUUAAUUGUAAAACAGAUAGGAACACUAAAUAAAAUCUCUGAAAUUUAAAAUAAUAAUUCAUCCAUGUUGAAGCACUGAAGAGCUCACAAAUCUUGAGCCAGAGUUGUCUACAUUAAAUCAGAGUUCUGUCCCUGAUGCACAUUUUUCAUUCCGGUAUAUGUUUUUAAUUAAAAUAUAGAUUGCAAUGGCUAUGAUCAAUUUCUAAUUACAAUUUAAUUUCACAUUCCAUUCUGUUAUGAAUACAUUACUUUAUACCAUCGGUCCCAACCUAAAAAGUCUUUUUCAGAAUGAAUUUAGGCCUAGCCUAUGUCUUAAAAGUUAAUGAUGGUAAUGAGUUUUCUGGAGCGGCUGUGGAACCCCUAGAAGCACUGCUUUAUACAAUUAGUGCUGUCGUGGUAAAACUUCAGCUCUCAGUUUUGAACAGACACAAAGGAGCAUAAUCACCCCAAGUGGAGCACAAAAUUGUGCUAGUAAUGACCAGGCUUGAGCAGACAUUAUCCAUUUUAUUUUUAAAAUGUUUAACUUAUACAUUAUGACUUUAUUCCCCUGACCCUCAUGUCUGAGCUCUGCGCCAACCAAAGCUGUCGUCUAGACUAGAUUUCAAAGUGUAGGAAUUUAUUGAAAAAUGUUUACAAAUUACUACACAUGAUCAAUAAUUGCAUGUUUAUCCCCAUAUUUAAAAAAACCCCAGAAAUUGUAUCAAAGCUUCUAAACAAAAUAAUUAACACUGCAGUAGAGCUUUCUCCCCUAUUAAUUGGAGGCCACUUGAAAGGAAACCUCCAACCAAUAUCUAUCCAACAAUUGAGGUCAUGGCCAUCAAACAUUCCUUGGAGAUUAAAUAUGUUUUACUUUAAACCAGUUUUUUUUUAUUUCAUGGUAUGCAUAAGAAUUCAUGAGUAAACAAAAAUGUAUUAUGAUAUGAAUCUUAUGCCCUGUGUUGCAGUAUAAGUCAUAGCUUUCAAAUGAUUAUUUCUUUUGGCCAUGAUGGCACACUAAUCAAAGUAUAGCAUUAACUAAAAGUGUAGAUGAAUGAAAUACUGAUCUAAUUGUUUGGUGAGCACUGGGAUAUAACUUUGUAUCCUAGACCAGUAACUUUCAGUAAGCUUUCUUACAUAACAAACAUAGUGGCCCACUUGCUUACAAUCAAUAUUUUCUUUCACAUAUUUUCUCUCUUUUGCUAAAUAUUUUCUGUGUACUUAUCCGUGAAUUUUAGCAUUAUUUGCAAUUAAUUUUACUGUAGUUAGUAGUAUACACUUUUUAUAUUUUUGUGAACUGUGAUUACAGGUUUAUUU